CCCCCUCCCCCUAGCGCGCGGCAGCUGGAGCCGGCGCGGCAGCCGCGAGCGGCGACUAGCCAGCACCCGGGCCGGCCGAUCCUUGUCCGGAGCCCGGAGCCCCGCGCGGGGCAGCUCCCGGGGAGGAGCCUUGCGGGCUGGGACGCGUGCAGCGCACUGGCACUGCCGGGGCACGAACCGGGCUGCAAGAAAACUCACUGCGUGCCCUGCUUGCUUGGUCAACAAUGAGUGCCAAGUCUGCCAUCAGCAAGGAAAUUUUUGCACCUCUUGAUGAAAGGAUGCUGGGAGCUGUCCAAGUCAAGAGGAGGACAAAGAAAAAGAUUCCUUUCUUGGCAACUGGAGGUCAAGGCGAAUAUUUAACUUACAUCUGCCUGUCAGUGACAAACAAGAAACCCACACAGGCAUCCAUUACGAAGGUCAAACAGUUUGAAGGCUCCACGUCGUUCGUGCGGAGAUCACAGUGGAUGCUUGAGCAGCUUCGCCAGGUUAAUGGCAUCGAUCCUAAUCGGGAUUCUGCAGAGUUUGAUUUGUUGUUUGAAAAUGCUUUUGACCAGUGGGUAGCCAGCACGGCCUCAGAAAAAUGCACCUUCUUCCAGAUCCUCCACCACACCUGCCAGCGCUACCUCACAGACAGGAAGCCAGAGUUUAUUAACUGCCAGUCCAAAAUCAUGGGAGGAAACAGCAUCCUCCAUUCAGCGGCCGACAGCGUGACCAGUGCAGUGCAGAAAGCGAGCCAGGCCUUGAACGAGCGCGGGGAGCGCUUAGGCCGCGCGGAGGAGAAGACGGAAGACAUGAAGAACAGCGCCCAGCAGUUUGCAGAAACUGCACACAAGCUUGCCAUGAAGCACAAAUGUUGAGCAACUGCCUCUCCUGGUGACCCCUUAAGAGAAAAUGAAGUUUGUUCAGCUGUUUUUACAAGAAUUCUGGACCUCCGCUUGCUUCUUUUUUUCCCAAAAUGUGGACAUUUAGGUUAUUUUUCCUUUUCAGAUGUUAAUAUGAGAGAAAAGAUGUUGUGUGUAUACAUUUCCCUAAUAAUCUUGCUAAGAAAUGCUGCAAGCAUCAGCUUUAUUUUUUUCCCAGUGUGUGUAUGCGUGU